AUGAACGGAGCGGCUUCCAGUAACGGGAGCGAGGGAGCUAUGCAACGGCUGAAAGCCCUCUGCUCCACCGUCCUUUCCAUUUCAGUCGAGGAUAUUGACGAGGGCUCAUCAUUUGUUUCUCUUGGCGGCGAUUCUUUUAGAGCCGUGACUCUAUUCCAGAAAUGCACAGAACAGGGGCUCGCAGUGCGCUUCCAAGAUCUUCUCCACAAGCCAUUAGUCGAUGUAGCAGCCUAUGCAGAGAAGGCUGCGGAGGGAGAUGAAGCCGGAUCUUCAAGCAGAGAAGGCUCUGAUAGAGACGAGACGUACCACCUGAUGCCUUCAGAGUACGACUUCACCAAGGUGUUCGAUGAACUGAAGGCAAAGUACGGUGUGAGCCUAGAUGACGUCGAGGACAUCUACCCCUGCAGUCCUAUGCAGGAGAACAUGUACAUCGGCCAGAAGAUGAGCUCCAAGCGGCUUUACCGGUCACGCGGAUUAUUCGAAGCAGACUCCGCGUUUGACUUUGAUAGGUUCAAGGGCGCUUGGAACGACAUCGUUCAACGACACCAAACUCUUCGGACAGUUUACAUCGAGACUGCGGACCCCACGUCAGGCCGCCUACUUGACGCAGUUGUACUCAAGAACAAGCCGGGGCAGGUGAAGAUCAGUCACUACGAUGAGGAAUCGGAAGUGCAUCGAAAAUUCCACGACGGUGCAAUUGAUGACGGAGAAAAUGGGGACGAUCAACAUCAAAUCAUUAUCUACGCCAGCUUAAAAAAGCAACAUCACGGAAGAGUCUUCUUUCAGGUGGAUCUUAAUCAUCUGACCGUGGAUGGCAGCUCUCUCAUGAUUAUCGUCGAAGAGCUCGUGAAGGGCUUGAGAGGAGUUCCAAGUCUCGGGCCUGCCACAGGCUACGGAAAGUAUAUCGACCAUCUACGGAAUCAAGUGGAUGAGGACGGCGCACUGGAUUACUGGAUCGACUAUCUCGACGGAGCAGAGCCAUGUUACUUCCCAACCAUGAACGACAACAUGAAGGGAGAUGGUGGGUCUUUUGAGGUCCUGGAGAUGUGUCUGGACACCUCACUUGAGCAGCUGCGGAACUUCUGCCGCAAUUUCAACGCAACAGUAUCGAACACGCUGCAGGCCGUUUGGGCUCUCGUUCUCCACACAUACACCGGCGACUCCAACGUGUGCUUCGGCUACCUCUCUUCUGGACGCAGUUUACCUAUACUCGGAGUCUCUGAGAUCGUUGGGCCCAUGAUGAACUUGUUAGUCUGUCGAGUGCGCGAUAUGACGAGCAAGUCUCUCAGCGACCUCUUGGGUGAGAUCAGACACGAUUUUGUUCACUCUCUUCCACAUCAAUGCUUCUCCAUUGGCAAAGUACAGCGAAUUCUGGGCACGAACGAGAGCAAGCUAUUCAACACGAUAAUGACCUCCUACUACUCCCCCACCUUGAGCAAUGAGACUAGCAACAUGUUCAAGCUAGUCGCAUCACAUAAUGCGUCGGACUUCGACAUCGUCCUGAAGGUUGUCUAUUCCGAUUCCGACAUCCGCGUACGGCUAGCCUACUCAACAGGCACUUUGUCCUCAGCAAUGGCGAAGGGUGUUUCUCACACAUUUUCUGCCAUUCUCAAGAGUCUCGUUGAGGCAAGUGAGCCGGAUACCUCCGUCCGGUCCACCGCGGCGAUCAGCCCACAAGGCUUGCGAGACAUCACAGAAUGGAACCACCAAAACUCACUUCCGGAAUUGUCGCCAACCUGUGUUCAUCGCCUCAUAGAGGAGAGAGCUCGUUCCCAGCCUGAUGCGCCUGCGAUCUGUGCGUGGGAUGGCGAGAUGACUUACCAAGAACUCGACGCCGCAGCGACUCAUGUCGCCAGCUACAUCACAAAUCUUGGCAUAGGCCCUGGGUCAUACGUCCCUCUCUGCUUUCAGAAGUCAAGGUGGUACUCUGUGGCUCUCUUAGCCGUGAUGAAGAGUGGAAACGCAUUCGUCCCACUAGACUUAUCUAACCCUCCUGCGAGAAUCCAGGAGAUUCUCAAACAGCUAGGAAUCUCGGAAGAUCAUGGACUGAUCAUCUGCUCACCACAACAAGCUUCAGACUUGGCCUCCUCAGCCCGCAAUGUCUUGGAACUAGACGAAGAGCAACUGUCAGCUAUUGCUUCGGCAAAGACCGUACCGCCUCUUCCGACCGUCACCCCCAAGGACCCAGCCUAUGUGAUCUUCACGUCAGGGUCUACCGGAACUCCAAAAGGUGUUGUCAUCGAGCACGGAUCGUAUUCUUAUGCUGCCCGAGCCCACAGCAAGGGCAUUCAGAUUGAUUCCGCAUCUCGUGUCCUUCAAUUUGCCUCGUACGGAUUCGAUACCAGCAUGGAAGAUCACCUCACGACGUUCGCGCAGGGUGCUUGCCUCUGCGUCCCGUUCGAAAGCGCACGACUGAGUAUCCCUGACUUGGCGGCUUUCGCGACGAAAUCGAAAGCAAACUGGGCUCAUCUGACUCCCUCCUUCGCUGAAAUGCUGAGCCCGAGUCUCAUGCCAACAAUGAAGACCAUGGUUCUCGGAGGCGAGGCCAUGUCGGGGAAGAACGUCCAGACUUGGGCGAACCCAGGCCAGACGAAGCUGAUACAAGUCUACGGACCAUCCGAAUGUUGUGUGACCAGCACCAUCGGAGCAGAAAUGUCCGCUGACGGUGAUCCAACGAACAUCGGCACCCCAGUUCCGGGAUGUUCUGCAUGGGUUGUGCGACAGGAAGACCCCAAUGUUCUACAAGCCGUUGGGGCUGUAGGAGAGCUGCUCAUGGAGGGUCCAAUUCUGGCCCGAGGCUACUUAGACAGUCCAGAACUGACGGAUGAGGCGUUCGUGACUGGUCUUACGUGGGCACCUGAGAAACGGCUCUACCGGACUGGAGAUCUCGUCAAGUAUGACUCUGACGGAAAGCUUCACUUCGUAGGACGUCGGGACGGCCAGGUCAAGCUCAGGGGCCAACGAAUGGAGCUCGGUGAGAUUGAACAACAGCUGGUGCUAGAGCCAAGUGUCCAGCAUUGUCUCGCUCUUGUUCCCAAGGCAGGGCCAUGUGCUAAAAGGCUAGUCGCGUUCGUGACUUUGGCUGAAGCUAGCACGACGACACACUCUGCGAUUAUGACGCUGUCGACACCGAUUGAGACUUUGAGUGGUUCUUGGUCAGAGCACAUCAGUCAAAUCAGAGACUUCCUCCUCGACAGAAUUCCACCCUACAUGAGUCCGGAACUGUGGAUCGUCUUGAAGUCCAUGCCGGGGAACUCCUCUGGGAAAAUUGAUCGGAAACGAUUGAAUAAGUACCUCGAGCAUCUCACUCAGGACCAGUAUACCAGCUUCCUGUCCCGGUUGCAAGAUGAGAACUCUGAGCGCCCAGGAAACGAGACAGAGUUGCUAUUGAGAAGUAUCUGGAGCGAAGUAUUAAACGCGCCCGAGGAAGAGAUCCGGUGGAACAGUUCCUUCUACUACCUCGGGGGUGAUUCGAUAUCUGCAAUGACGGUCAGCAGCAUGGCGAGACAGAAAGGCCUCAAUGUAUCGGCCGCUGACGUUCUACGAUCCCGAUCUAUUGAGCGUCUGGCCAAAUCGACUUCUCGAAUCACGCAGGACAAUCAUAAGCCCGUUGCCGCUUCAGAAUCAGCAGUUGAGCCAGCGGCCGGAGAGCCGUUUCCCCUCUCGCCUAUCCAGCAGCUUCACUUCCAGGCCUCGCCCACCGGAGACAGCCUGGAUCAGCAGACCAUGGUUGUGCAGGUGACAAAGAAGGUCGACCAAGAAACUCUGCUUAGUGCUUUCGAGUCUCUCAUAGAAGCCCACCCUAUGCUUCGCGCCCGAUUCGACUGCCACAACGGCGAAUGGGCUCAGAGGACCACGAACUCGGAAUUGCACCAGAAUUGCCGGGCGAGGUUCCACAGCCGAGAUCAACUCGACUAUGUCGUUGGAUGCAUCAGCGAGUCCAAGCGAUCGCUCAACAUUGCCUCUGGGCCUUUAGUAGGAAUCGACUUCUUCGAGUCGAGACGACAAACGCUACUUUCCAUCACGAUCCACCAUCUUGUUGUCGACACUGUGUCUUGGCGAACCCUCUUCCGCGAGCUAGAGAACUUCCUUCUCUUCGGCGGCCAGAUAGAGGCGGAGGCUACAACAUUCCAAUCAUGGUGUCAUGCUCAGAAACAACACGCCGCGGAUCUGCAGAUCGAUGAGGUCCUGCCAUCCGUGAACAAGAUACCCUCAACUGACCUAGCAUUCUGGAGUAUGGACGACAAGAGCAACACCUUCAAGUCUACCGUCACUCAUAAAAUCUCGCUGACUCCGGAGUUGACGAAAUCUCUGUCCUCUGCGCGCGGUACCUCGAACUUCGCGGCCUUGGAUAUCAUGAUCGCUGCCAUCGGGGAGUCAUUUUACGAAACGUUCGGACGCUCCCCCGCGGUCUUCAUUGAAGGACACGGCCGAGAGACAUUCUCUCACGAUAUGAAUCCAUGGGAAACCGUGGGUUGGUUCACGACGUUCUUACCUGUCCUCGUUCAGCAUCACGAUGAUAGUCUAGCGACGCUGAACAGUGUCCGCGAGCUCCGCGCUAACACUCCGUUGAGUGGGCUGCCAUAUUUCAUGUCACGGUUCCUCAACAGCGAGGGUAUCGAUGCGUUCAAGCACCGCCACUGGCCGAUGGAAAUCACUCUGAACUACCUCGGCGCCUUCCAACAGUUUGAGAGACAAGCUUCACUUUUCAACAGAUGCGAUGAUGGCCUCCAAUCAAGACUGUCAGAACUGAGACGUCAACAGCGCGCCGAUUCGACGAGAUACUCCCUCAUCUCUAUCCUUGCGGUGAUGAAGGACGAACAGUUGUCGAUCGAGGUGGAGUGGAACUCUCAGAUGAACCACCAAGAUCAGCUCAAAGAUUGGGUUUCUCAGCUUGAGCAGAGCUUCGAGCAGGUCACCAAUAGACUGGCGACUCAAGACCUUCCCGAUUCGCCCAUCGAAAACCUUCCUCCUUCAGUUGGCCUCAACUCAAAGAGACUCAUGUCUGUCAUGGGCUUGGCAAAGUCCAAACUCCGCCUCCAACCAAGCCAGAUUGAAGCUGUUUAUCCUUGCUCCCCGAUUCAAGACAGUCUCAUGCUUUCCCAGUUGAAGAAACCCAGCAAUGUCUACAGCCAACAUUUUCUCUUCAAGCUAUCUGGAGACGACCCCAUACAGCCCGAGAAGCUCUAUACGGCCUGGAAACAGGUUGUCGCAGCCCAUCCCAUCCUGCGUACCGUGUUCCUGGAAGAGGACGACGGAGGUUUCCUGCAGGUUGUUGUGAAAGCUGUGGCGCCUGAGAUUGAGAUUUUGAGACUCGAGGAUGAAGAAGACCUGCAGGAGCUCUGGGAGAAACAGUCCACUUCACGUGGGCCGUCCCCUCUCAGUGGCAAGAUCCUACACAAGUUGCGGAUCUACUCAGCUAAAGAUGGCUCGGUCUACUGCUUCCUGGACAAGAACCACAUCAUCACCGAUGGCACGACGUCGAGGCUUCUGAUCCGGAAUUUCCUGGACGCAUACGAAUGCCGACCGAGAGGCGAUGCAUGCCCGUACUCGAACUACAUCAAGUACACCUCGGAGCAGAACAUGGCUGACAUCAUCAGCUACUGGACACGUUAUCUAGAUGGUGCUACUAGCUGCCAAUUUCCAAAGCUUUCCCACGCAAAGGUUACCUCCGGCCAGCACAUGGAGUUCGCUCGCACAUCAUCCGCCUUCCCGAACACGGCCUCUCUGGAGAAGGCUUGCCGGUCACUGGACGUGACUCUCCCGAUUAUCUUCCAAACGGCCUGGAGCGUGGUCUUAUCCACGUAUCUGAACUCUGACGACGUAGUCUUUGGGCUACUUUCGCAUGGCCGGGAUGCGCCAAUUGUGGGAGCUCAGGAGAUUAUAGGACCUAUGGCCAGCAUCGUGCCUGUGAGGUCUCACCUCACUCCGACGACAAAGGUUUCUGACGCUAUCAAAGCCAUGUGGGAAGACGGCAUUGCGCAUAUGUCUCGGCAAACAAUUUCCCUGGCUCGUAUCCAGCAUUCUGUGAAGAGAACCGGCGACGACAUGUUCAACACCAUUCUCAACUUCCAGAAGACCAGCGCGGCGUCUCCUUCCUCAAGCGUCACAACAGAGCUGCUGUACGCCCACGACACGAGCGAAUACGAUCUCGCCGUCUGCAUAACCCAUGAUCAAGACCAUCUUGAGGUCACGCUCGAGUAUCCGCACCAUUUCCUCUCCGAGACUCAAGCACAACGUCUGCUAUCGGUCUACAUUGCCGCCGUGCAGAUGAUGAUCCGAGAUCCAGACGUCAGCAUCAGCGAGCUCUGCCUCGCCACCGACAUGGAUAGGGACCAGCUGCAGGAAUGGAACUCCGUUGAACUCGAAACCAGCAAGCGCUGCAUCCACGAAAUGAUCUCAGAGACAACACUUCGCCAGCCUGCAAAACCUGCCAUCUCCUCCUGGGACGGCGAUCUCACCUACGCGCAGCUGGACCUCUUGUCCACGAAACUCGCCGCUCAGCUACAAGCCAUCGGGGCCAAACCAGAUGAGGUGGUUGUUCUGUGCUUCGAGAAGUCCAUGUGGGCAGUUGUUUCCAUGCUCGCCGUCGCCAAGGCUGGCGCAGCAUUCGUUCACAUCGAUCCCAAGGGCGCGCCGAAGAGGACUGAGUUCGUCAUCAAGCAGACCAAGGCACGAAUUGGGCUGGCUUCAUUGGAGCAAUACGAGAACUUCGUGUCUCAGGUUGACACAAUCCUAAUUGUGAACAAACCGUCAGUCGUGGGACUGCCGACACCGAACGUGAACGAUGUCGUCUCUGCUUCUGCGGAGCCCUUCAACACCCUCUACAUCAUCUUCACAUCAGGAACGACGGGCACACCCAAAGGAGUGGUGAUUCAGCACAAGUCAUUCUGUUCAGCUGUGGUAGCAAACAGAUCAUGGCUCCAGAUCCGGGCCAACUCUCGCGUCCUCCAGUUCACCAACUACUGCUUCGACGCAUCGCUCGAGGAGAUCUUCACUGUGCUGGUUGCGGGCGGUUGCAUCUGCAUCCCAUCCGAAAAGGAACGCAUGACUGACAUUCCCGGCUUCGUGGAACGAAAGAAGGUCAACUGGGCCGCUUUUACUCCCUCCUUCCUUCGAACUCUGGACCCAUAUGACCUGAAGUCGGUCAAGUUCAUCACCGUGCACGCCGAACCCAUGGGUCAAGAUCUGGUGGCUCGAUGGGCAGACAAGAUACACAUGCGGCCAAGUUACGGCCCGACUGAGUGUUCGGUCACCAGCACCGUAGGUCUUCGCUUCACGCCUGAGACGGACGCCACGAACAUUGGUUUCCCCAUCGGUUGCCGAGGAUGGAUUGUGCACCCCGACAACCAAGAGAUCUUGAUGCCCGUCGGUGCGGUGGGCGAGUUGCUCCUCGACGGACCGAUCGUAGGAAAGGGCUACCUCAACGACGAUGCCAAGACCGACGCUGCCUUCAUCGACCCUCCUUCAUGGGCUGUUCAGGCUGAGUCAAUCUUUGGCAGCAGCCCGCCUGAGAGGAAAAUGUACAAGACGGGUGAUCUCGUCAGGUUUGCCGAAGAUGGUAGUCUUCUCAUCCAGCGACGCAAGGAUCAUUCUCAAGUCAAAAUCCGUGGUCAGCGUGUGGAGUUGGGUGAGAUUCAGCAUCACCUCAAUAAGCUUUCCGGUGUCAUUCAACACAGCAUGGUGUUUAUGCCCAAGGUUGGUCUUCUGAAGGGCCGACUCGUUGCGGUCGCGAGCUUGACUGCUCUUUCUGCGGGGCUCGAUACAGGCAAUUACGGUGUCCAGGCUCUCAAGACGGUCAACAAGGAAGCUUUAGGUGACGAGGGUCGCAAGAGAGUGAGCCAAACGUUGGACGACAUCACGUCUAUGCUGGAGAAGGAUCUGCCCCACUACAUGAUACCGGAAACAUGGCUCAUCGUGCAGAGUCUGCCGGUGCAAUUGUCACUUAAGCUGGAUCGCCAGCGUGUCACGAAUUGGGUGGAAGGUCUUGACAAAGCAGUCCUCCAGUCGGUUCUCGAGCUAAGCCAACACGCCGGCGCUGAGACUCAGCAUGGGUCUGAGAUUGAGGAAACCAUCCGAAAGAUUUGGGGAGAGGUCUUGGGCAUGGAUCCUGCGAUGCAAGUGAUGCGUCUUUGCAAAACUGCUGGCCUCCACGUUACGACCCAAGACGUCCUUGCCAACCCAACAGUGAAGCAACUUGCACUUAUCGCGACUCCAAAGCCUGUUCCAGACGUCAUCGUGACGGCUCGGCCACCAAUGUCUCGGGCCAACACCUCGGCCGCCUCGCCCGUUGCCACUCGAACCAUCACAUCCGUAUCUGCGCCAACUACCCCGAGAGAACCCUUCAUGCCGAUAAUGCCCACGCCUCCUAGAUCACCCGAAGAGCCGAUCCAUCACUCACCAUUCGUCAAGUAUCUCUCCGCCAGAGACGGCAAUGUCGAAGCUGUCGUCCCCUGCACGCCGUUUCAAGAGCGAAUGUACCGGGCCUUCGUCAAGAAGCCCCAGAAACCAUACCUCUUCAACAGCCUUGUCCUACUGAAGGGCAUCGAUGAUGGUGCCGCUGUAAACCUCAACCGGUUGUUCCAAGCCUGGCAACAGACAGUAGACCGCCAUGCCAUUCUGAGAACCGUCUUCAUCCCCGACCAGGCAGCAGGCAAAGUCAUUCAGAAAGUCUUGAAGAGGCACAAGGCCGACAUCGCAACCCUCUCAGCAAUGUCUGAAGCAGAUGCCAUCACCCAGAGCCAAGGUCACCUCAACGCUACCCGGAUGUCUCUCUUCAAGAACAACGCCCCACCGUUGUCUGUUCGGAUCUUGAUGACUCUGGACCAGCAAGUCUAUGUUCACCUCGUCAUGGGCCACAUCGUCAUAGACCACGUCAGCUUGGAUCACGUCUUUGCGGACUUUGCAAGCUUUUACCGGGGACAAACACCUGCACCUGCAACGCUGCCCGCCGGGUUUGGAAGCUACGUUCAGCAGCUCUCACAGACCCGAGACAUUCCUGCCAGCAACCAGUUUUGGGUCAAUAAGUUGAAGGAUGUGAAGCCGUACAUGGUUCCGUCGGAGUCCAUGGUAAACGGCAGCGACCAUCACUCCAUGGGUGCCGUCAACUUCUCUCUGGACAUCACGGACGAGAUGCGGUAUUUCCUCCGCGAAGCUGGUAUCACGCUGUCUAAUCUGUUGCAAUUCACAUGGGCGAUGGUCCUGCACGUGUACACGGGCCAUGCAACCAUUUGCUUCGGCCACCUUGUGUCGGAUCGCGACAUUGACCUGCCUCAUGCCGACGACAUCGUAGGCCCAAUGUUGUCGCUUAUGAUAGCCCGGGCAGCCGUCAAAGACUCAACCGUCCUGGUGGACGCUUUGCGCGCGUUUCAAGAGGACAGCAUCCUCAGUUUGAGGCACAAGAUCUUCGAUCUGACGGAAGUGGAGCGACAGCUCGGUUGCCAAAAGACUGGACUCUUCAAUACUCUUGUCAACUACAGAAAAGUGAAGUAUUCCGGAGGUGAUACAGAUGUUAAUUUCAAGUCCGUCUGGAAGCAGGAUCCGCACGAGCAACUCUUAGUCCUUGCUUUCAACGAGGAACCUUCUAAACUCGAUGCAUCCUUGACUUACUACGAGUCUCUUUUUUCGAAGCAGACGCUGAACACGUUAGCGGAGGCCUACUGUCGCAUUCUUCAGAUGCUGGUCGGUGGCAGGCAUAGGACGGUUGGAGAUAUGAAGGCUGUGUUGAAUUCAUAA